CAGCAAAGACACUUCCGCAUGGAUGAUACACACCGUGACCUUGUUGUGACUCGUUGCUAAACUGCUGUGCAAAUGAGCCACAGCUCGUUCCGUGAGCGCCCUGCGGAGCCUUCUGACUGAAGAAGAAUCAUAAAGAGAGAUUAAGUCACCGAUAAGGGGAGAGGAACAUUAACCACCCCCUCUCCAGCAGUGGUCCAAGGAUCAAGUCUUUAUGGAGCCCGGCAGGAGGAGAUGGAGAGGCCCGCUUGGAGGGAUCUCCUCUUCUCGCAGCUAAGCUCGGUGUGCAGGAGCAGCAGGCGGGGAGGGGGAUGGCGACACCCUCGUCACGAAGGGCCGUCACGGGGGGAUGAGCACAGAGACCUGCAAACCAGUCCCGAUUCCCAGCCCCCGGCGAGCAGGAGGAAGCAGGACGAGAUGACAGUCUCGCUGAAGUCUCAGAAAACUUGGAUUGAAGAAAUCUUCAAUAAAAGAGAGUGUGCAAAAGUUAUACCCAGCUCAAAAGAUCCUCACAGAUGUCCUGCAGGAUGCCAGAUAUGCCAGAACUUAAUCAGAUGUUGCUGUGGACGGCUGAUUGGAGACCAUCCUGGGAUAGAUUAUAGUUCUCCUCUCUACCAGCCUACCAGAGAGAGGGAGAAUGAAGAAUGGUCUGUCCAGAAGCAUACACAUACAAGUCCUACUGACUCAUUUGGAACUAUCAAUUUCCAAGAUGGAGAUCACACUUACCAUGCCAAGUAUAUUAGAACCUCUUAUGACACCAAACUGGACCAGCUAUUACAUCUGAUGGUGAAAGAAUGGCAGAUGGAGCUGCCAAAGCUUGUGAUCUCUGUUCAUGGAGGCAUCCAAAACUUCAAGCUUCCAUCAAAAGUCAAACAGGUUUUCAGCAAAGGAUUGGUCAAAGCUGCUGAGACUACAGGAGCAUGGAUAAUAACAGAAGGCAUCAACAGUGGAGUGUCCAGGCAUGUGGGGGAUGCAUUUGGAAAGCUCAUGCCUCUCAAUAUUUAAGAAAGAUUUGUGCCAUUGGGAUCCCUCCUUGGGGCCUCAUUGAGAAUCAGAGGGACUUGAUUGG